CCACACAUUCUCCAGAAACCAAAAAAUAAGGGUCCAAAGUUGAACCAGUCUAACGGGCACUCCAAAUUGGAUGAUAUAGGUUUAAUAGUGUUAAUACAGCGCGAGUAGUAUUUUAGCACAGCAUUGGCAAUCAUCCCAUUUGUAUAAGUUCGGAUUUCUCUUUCAGAGGCAGAAUGGUGCUAUUUGAAGGGAUUUACAAAGUGCUUAUGCGCCGCAACUCUGUCUAUGUCACCUUCGUUAUCGCUGGCGCUUUACUUGGUGAACGGGCAGUGGAUUAUGGGGUUCAUAAGCUCUGGGAGCACAAUAAUGUUGGGAAGCGUUAUGAAGAUAUUUCAGUUUUGGGACAGAGGCCUGCUGAAUAGACUUGCAGUAAUGGAUGCCCAUUUGAGUCAGAAGACAAGCAUUUUAUUAUCUUUCAAUAAUUAUUUUCUUACUGGGCCAUGAUGGUUAUGGCUGAUUAUUUUUUGUGUCUGCUGUGUUUUGGAGGAAAUUGUUAAGUGAACUGUUACUUUUGCCAUUUCCAUGGUAACAAAGAACAGCCUUCGCAUUAUUAUGUAUCCUUUCAAUUA